CGUUAACAAUGAUUCAGAGGAAAUAUAUAAAAGAAAUUGAACUUAGCAAUUAUUAUUAUUAAAAAAUAUAUGCAAUGUUAAUGUAGUAAUGUGCUAACCCUGAUUAGUGUUGUUUUAUCACUCUUUUAAAAUAUUUGCAAAGAAAUUGUGUCAAAAAAAGCCUCGAUCUUGAACUUUAACAAUGUGAAGGAAGACAUUGAAAUGGAGAGUUAUCUAUGUCACACACACACACACAUAUUCUGUCCGGCAGUUUAACAUGGAUCAAUGCCAUCAUUCAUGCAUGCCAGAUUUCUCUGGGACAUGUGACAUUACAGGAACUCCAGGCUCAAGAGGUUUCACACCAUGAUCUCACUGUCUGCUGAGGCUGCUCCCACAUCAGCACACAGUCAACUGUCUGUUGCCUGUAGCGAUGCUGACUUCUCUGUCAAGGAAGAGACAAAACGCAGUUUUGUCAGAAACGAGAACCAAAAGCCAGUUUCAGAAAAACAGCUUGUGUUCGCUCUAAGAUACAAACAAAACAAAAAUACAACGUUUAGCAAACUCAAGAGGUGGGAUGCCUUUAGAUCUGGUUUGGACUGUAGGUUUAUCACGACAGUGUUGAAUUUUUGAAAAUCCACCCAUCUUAGUACUGCAGGUAAAAAAAAAGAAGCCUCCCCCCUACAUUUCCCUGCAGACUCUCAGCUUCCACAGUGACAAACUUGGGCAGGAAACUGAAAACACGAUAAUAGUUGCUCAAGGAGAGCGGCAAUAGUGUUUGAAGGUAAGAAACAAAGUUUGAUUCUUUCUUAAAAGACAAGAUAGUGUUAGCAUUUCUGUAAGAUUCAAGAUUUUCAAAAAUUCUUACAGUAAAAGAGGGUCAACACUGGAGCUAAAGAUUUGGUGUUAAAAGGUUAAAAACAGUGGCGUUUACUGUAUGUUUUUCAUCAUCUUGUUACAUAAAUGUUCUCAAUUUUUAUUAAUAUUUUUGUGCAAAUGCAGAACCGUACACUUUAUCCUACAUUUGUCAAACAUCUAUAAAAUGAAGGGUUUUGUCCCACUGCAGGGAAAAUGCAGUCACUGGCCUGGUUUGGGCUGGUCCUGCUGUGUGUUCUACAGUCUACAGAGGCCUGUCCCAGUGUCUGCAAAUGCUCCAAAAAGUCCAACCCAGAAAAGUCAGAGGUCAACUGUCAUAAGAGGGGACUCCGUGCCCUCCCAUCCAAUCUACCCUCUGAUGCUUGGAUCCUCAAAUUGGGUGAGAAUGGCAUCACAGACCUGAAGGCCAAUCUUCUAAGAUCAGUUCCAACUAUUGAGAGCUUGAUUCUGGAAAAGAACGCCAUCAAAUCUGUUCAUCCUAAAACCUUUUCUGGUGCGAAUCAUCUUACACUGCUCAAUCUCCUUGGAAACCAGAUCACCAAACUUCCACCCAAAGCUUUUAAGGACCUUCUCAACCUUCGCUUCUUGAUGCUGGGGCAGAAUGAGAUUGGACUCAUCAAAGCGGAGAUGUUUGUCGGGAUGAGGAACCUGUCAGAGCUGGAUCUCCCUCACAACGCCUUGACAGUGGUGCCGUCUAAUGCCUUCAAACCUUUGAUCGCACUGAAAGUUUUGGACCUUUCCCUAAAUCGGAUUCAAAGGCUUUCUCCCAAGGCUUUCACUGGACUCACGAAGCUCCUGUUUCUCAACUUGGACAACAACAGCUUGAAAACCAUCCCUGCUGGAGUCUUCCGACCGCUGCAAUCCCUAGAAAUGCUUGUCCUUGACAACAACCUGCUCUCAUCUCUCAGCAAGUCUGCUUUGGAUGGUCUGAGCAACUUACAGGAACUCUACCUGAGGAACAACGAGCUUGAGCUCCUCCCACAUGACGUCUUCAGCAAUUUGCCCAAGCUCUCUGAGGUGGGCCUCAGUGGAAACCACCUGAAGACUGUGGAUGGAAACACGUUUAGCCUCGUGCCUGAGUUGAAGAAGUUGCAUCUCCAUGACAACGCUUGGCAAUGUGACUGUAACAUCGCCUCCCUGGUGAAGUGGAUGGAACAGACCAACACCACUUUGUCUCCUCGGGACUCCCUGAGGUGUAGCGGCCCUCCAAACCUGCGAAACAAGAGUCUGAUCGGCCUUCAGACUGAGACACUAAUCUGUACCAAGUAACUAGCAGGACGAUUACAAAGACCCUCUCAAAUGUUUGUCAAAACUAGAUACUCUCUUCAAUUCAUGCAUUUUUUAGAGCAAAUCUGUCUUUUACACAGUAUUCCAAUUAUCUAUGCAGUCAUUUUCCUGAAUGAAGCUUUCUUGGAGUAAAGCUAGAGAGUCCAAACUCACUGACAUUGUAUCAAUGUCACAAUGCUCUGAAGGUUGUAGGCAGGGAUGGAUUCCAAGAGAAGACGUAUAAACCUGUGUGAAGCCCAAGUACCCCUGAGAAGUGAAGAGGAGUGGCCACAAAGAUGCAAACAUAGAGUCAAAUAGAAACUAUUUUAAUGAGUCAGAAGGGUCAAAACACAGAAGGGAGUGAUCCGUUUCACUUUUAUUUUUUGUAAAAAUAAUUCAGGAUCUGAUGGGAAAACACAAAAAAACAUUUAAUUGGCUUGUAUUUGUCCAUCUACUGGAUCUUAAGACAAUUUAAAAAUCCCCUUUUAGUGUAGUUUAGUUUAUUUAUUUCAUUUUCAUAGCACACAACACAAACUUUAAUGAUACUCUUGCCUUUAGUGAAAAUAAAGGGGACAGAAAGAAGACUUAUGACUUAUGUCUCUGCCCCAUUUAACCAAAUCAAUCAAGCUUUACAACCAAAUCUAUCUCUUUGUUUCUUAACGAUAAUGUGUCAACUGGUUGGAAAAAAAGCUACAAAAGCAGACAAAUAAAACAAAAAACAAAAACAAGAAAGAAACGAACAGCAAAAACAACAAGAAA